AUGCGGGAGGAGGCUAGACGUUUAUUCCUCCCUUGCCCCAACUGGAGUCUUAUUAAAGGCAAAUGGAUUUGGGACAAUAUCCGGGAUUGCAAGGCGAAGGUAAACUGGCAUAGACUGAUCUGGUUCCCUGCUCACAUUCCAAAAUUCUCUCUUGUCUCGUGGAUGGUCAUUCUCGACAGAUUGCCUACUAAAGACAGGCUUGUUUGGUUUGGUUUGGAUAUUGACAAUGUAUGUGGUUUGUGUGGCUCUGGCAUUGAAUCUCGCGAUCAUCUUUUUGCUGAAUGCCCUUUUGCAAAAGAAGUGUGGGGGAUUGUUUUAAUUGCUUGUGAUAUUCGUUAUGACCUUAACAGUUGGGGUGACAUUUUCAAUUGGUUGAUUGUAAACUUGAAGGGCAAAUCCAUCAGAGUUCGUAUCGUGAAGUUGGCUUGGACUGGUCUGCUGUAUUUUGUCUGGGAGGAGCGUAAUCAUAGACUCUUUCGAGGCUCGACUCGCUCGGUUGAUGUAGUCGUAAAUAGCAUAAAAGAGGCUGUUAGAGUCAAGUUGUGUAGACUUGGAUGUCCUAGGAUUGAGGAUGUUAAUAGCCAUUUAUACUUGAACUGGGGUCUGUAUUGA